ACCUGAAAUGUUUCAGUCUGAGAAGGCACUUUUUGGUCAUCUGAUUGGGAGGUUGUUUUGUCAACCUCCUUUAUAAAGUGAUUAUAGCAAAGUCCCAUUCAAACCUAGACUACUCCUUCACCAAGAUAUAUAUAAAACUCAAACCACACUAGGAGAUAGAUAAGUAUAAACUAGAAGUCUUAGAACAAAACAAAGGGACCUCUAGAAAGCUUUCUGUCAAAGCCUUAAUUCCUUCUUUCCCCAUGUCUGAUGAACCUAGAGACCUUUACUACCAUGACCUAUUCCAAGACAAUCAACACCUUGCCAGUGGGACUGGCAUGUACAAUCAAAAGCCCCCUACCAUUGCUGGUUCAUCAGCUUACAAUUCACAAGGAUUUGAUCCCUCUUAUAUGAGCUUCACUGAGUGUCUACAAGGACCCAUGGACUACAAUUCAUUGGCAAGUGCUUUUGGAUUGUCACCUUCAUCCUCUGAAGUAUUUUCUUCAGUGGAAGGCAACCCAAAGCCGAUAGAUGUUGGAGAUUUAGGUGGUGGUGGUGGUGGGGGUGGUAGUGAUAAUCUGGUGACUCAAAACUCCUCCAUCUCUUCCUCUUCAACAGAGGCUGGUGUAGAAGAAGAUUCAGACAAGAGUAAGAAAGAUGGGCAGCCAAAAGAAUCAGAAGAUGGAGGGGAAAGCUCUAAGAAAGUGGGAAAAGCAAAGAAGAAAGGAGAGAAAAAGCAAAGAGAGCCACGGUUUGCCUUUAUGACCAAGAGUGAGGUUGAUCAUCUGGAAGAUGGAUAUAGAUGGAGAAAAUAUGGACAAAAGGCUGUCAAGAAUAGCCCUUAUCCAAGGAGCUAUUACCGGUGCACUACUCAGAAAUGCACAGUCAAGAAACGCGUGGAGAGGUCAUUUCAAGACCCAACUACUGUGAUUACAACAUAUGAAGGUCAGCACAACCACCCAAUACCCGCAACACUUAGAGGAAAUGCGGCUGCAAUGUUCCCACCUUCCAUGUUCACACCACAGAUAAGGGGACCAACUUUUCCUCAAGACUUCUAUGUUCAAAUGCCUCAAAUGGGUAGCCAAGGUGGCGCAAACUCCAUUUAUUCGCAGAACCUUAUGAAUAAUCCUCACCAGCAGUAUCAACUUCCGGACUAUGGACUAUUACAAGACAUAAUACCUUCUAUGUUCCUUAAACAAGAGCCAUGAAACUCUCUCUCUUUCUCUCUCAUUGUACAUAUACUCACAAGUUAGUUCCAUCUUUCUGACUUCCUUGAGUAGCUAUAUUUUUCUUCACUUCUUAAUAUGGAUGAGGAGUUCUCUUAAAUUUGAAUAUAUGUAUCUUUUCUCUAUAUGGAUAUAUCUCAUAUAAUGAUAGACCCAUACACUGAGAAGAAUGAUGCCUAUAUUAGAUGCAUGAGAUAAUUGUCGGAUAAGAAAAAUCCUAGUUCACAUGUCCAAUUUAGAAGUGAAGUUGAAUCUUUAGAUUGAAUGUAAUUUUGCUUGAAUUGCCACUAUGGGAAAUGUAUGGGAGAAGAUGAGGUUGGUAGUGUAGUGAAGUAGUGGGGUUUCAAUAUUAGACAUGCUUGUACUACAUAUUCAGUCCCAGUCGGAGCAUGUAUCUCCUUCAUGAGGAUUUUUAAAUAGGAGAGCUUUUCCUCCAUUGUCCUUAGAUCAAUUUAUCACAAUUGAUAAAAAGGAUUUUUAUUGCCUUUGAA